AUGAGCCGGUCCUCUGACAACCAAAAAGGAUCGGAGAGAUCUCCAAUGCUUGGCGGUGAAAUUGGACGAGGUCUCACAGCAGAGGAUUAUGAAUCUCACGCCAACCAUGAAGCCUCCGCUCCAGGCCACCGAAAAACCCAGUCUCUCCUGACGAUUCCAACAGGUGGUGAAAGGCAUCGUGGGAGACACCAUCGACACAAGUCCUCCAUUGGACAGUUGAUGGAAACAGUCGCUGAAGGCGUGCAAACUGAAGCCACUAUGGUAAAACAUGCCUUCAAACGGGAACUGGAAGACGCAGAUCUUGGAAAUCGUUAUUUCUUGGACAUGAACUUGACAAGAUCGCUGUCUAUUUUACCCGAAGAUAUCCAAGAGUUCUCUGUGGAAGCUGUCGGCCGACAAUCCAUUAGCUUGUUGGUGCCCUCAAUCGAUCAAGAUGAAGAAGAAGAACAACCACCGCCAACACCUGUGGCCACGUUGAGCAGUUACCUGGCCCUAUUAAGUGCUGUUUUAGCAGUUUCCUCCAAUGGAACUGCUCUUGCUCUGCUGCAUGAUGUGCAUCCUGCCAUUAAGCUCUUUUGGAGGAUGACAGCAGUGGCCACAGUCCUUAGUUUUUUUGCCAUCAAGACCAUGAUAAAACAAUAUCAAAGCGAAGAAAAGCAGUUCCUGCCAAAGCUAAGUUGGAACCACUGGGUGACAUUCUUCUUGGCAGCUAUUUGUUUCUUUUUCCAUACCUUGUUACUCUUCACUGCCUUGACGAUGACGUCGAUUGGCAAUGCCGUCAUUGGAGCCAACUCCCAGGCUUUGCUUUUGGUUCUAGGAAAACUCCUGACCGGACAGCGAGUCGUCAUGAUAGAGGGGCUAGGAGUUUUGAUAGCCUUUGUUGGUUGUAUUUUGUGUUCAGGUGAUGAAGCUAGCGAUGAUGACAACGACGGAGAUGGCGAUAAGGACGUCAAAUUCACAGCCAUCAUCGGUGAUUUGUUGGCACUUGGGUCUGCUGCUCUAGGAGUCUGCUAUCUCACCUUUGCCAAAGCCAUUCGAAGUCAUAUAUCAGUCACGGUCUUUAUGUUUCUGGUCGUGCUGACAGGAUCUGUCCUGUGUUUCCUUUACAUUUGCUGUGCAGGGAUUUCCUUUUCGUGGGGCAACGACCCACGCAACGGCCUCUUCGGGUGGAUGACUCUUGAGGGUCAACAUGUCUUUAUUAUCCUUUACGUGGCCAUUGUGUGCAAUGUGGUUGGGACUAUGGGCUUUGUUCGGGCCAUGGCACACUUCGACAAUAUCAUCAUUGCAGUUGCAACCCUGUUGGAGCCUAUGAUUGCAACUCUGAUUGCCUUCGUCCUUGGUGUGGGAGACUUGCCUGGAAAACUUGGAUGGAUGGGUAAUUUCUUUGUUGCUUUGGGUACUCUUGGUGUGGUGUAUCCAUCAAUUCACGACAACUCUGGUGGUGGCGGACACUAA